GCUGCGCGCCGCCCUGGACUGGGCGCACCGACGGCGCGCGCGGCUGCCGGAGGACCCCGGGAAUCCGGUAGCAGCUGCCCUCCCGCGGCCGCUCCUUCUCCCGUGGCAGCUUCGGGCUCCUCUUUGGAGAGACGUGGGAACUUUCUGGCUCUUGGCAAGGCUGCAGAGGUGAUGGGCCACUCCUGGGGCGCCCGCAAAGAGGCGUCACGGUGAGCGUCUUGGGGCUCCGGUGCGGCGAUCAAUGCCUGGUCCUGGACGCUUCGGUCCGACUUGGCGGCCAGCUCAAGGAGUCUUCCAAGCUAAGAUAAUUUUUUGGAACUGCAGAAAUGGUUGGUUCUAGCUACAAAUGGGAAUUUGGAGUCACUCUGAAAUACAUCCUGGAAUAAUUGUGCUUGACUGGAACCAAAUCUUAUGAAGUCUCCAAGGAUGAGAGUCUGUGCUAAGUCGGUGUUGCUGUCGCACUGGCUCUUCCUGGCCUGUGUUUUGAUGGUGUGCUGUAAGCUGAUGUCCGCCUCAAGUCAGCACCUCCGGGGCCAUGCAGGCCACCACCAAAUCAAGCAAGGGACCUGUGAGGUGGUUGCUGUGCACAGGUGCUGCAAUAAGAACCGCAUAGAAGAGCGGUCACAAACGGUCAAGUGUUCUUGCUUCCCGGGACAGGUUGCUGGAACAACUCGGGCUCAGCCUUCUUGCGUUGAAGCUUCCAUCGUGAUUCAGAAAUGGUGGUGUCACAUGAAUCCUUGUUUGGAAGGAGAGGACUGUAAAGUGCUGCCAGAUUACUCAGGUUGGUCCUGUAGCAGUGGCAAUAAAGUCAAAACCACAAAGGUAACGCGGUAGCAAAGAGAGAGGGUGCUUCAAUCCUGAAGGGACGACAGGAUGCAGAGCUCUUUUGCUUGGAUUCCUGUCCUGGCUACUUUGCGGGAAAAUGUCUUGGAUUUCAGCAACUUCGCGUUUGCACAUGUGUGCUGCGAGGAGUGAUAUUCACUCAUCUGGCCCAGCCCUCUUUGCUUCAUGGUUUUAUUACAUUGAAUUAUAACCACAAGCUGCCACACAUUUGACAUCCUAUCUGGAUUCCAAAUGAACAUACCUCCAAGAAAUCCUGAAAGAACAAAUCGGAAACUUCAAAAUGGAUCACCACUAAGGGAACAUUUGGUCUACAGUUUCUUUCUGCCUUUACAAAGGAACAUGGACAUAUGUUCCUCCUCUGUUUUUCUUUUGAACUUAUCUUUUAGCUCUUGUAUUAAAAUUGGUUGAAAGGGGUCUAAAUAACAAAAGAUUCUGGCAAAACAUAUUUGC